CCGUUGCUCUGACUGGUUCUGUGUCUCGCGCGUUUGCUAAAUGGCGUUGCAGGCGGGCGGGUUGAACCCGAGGAGCUGGCGGGGCGAUGUGCAGCGACUUUCGCAGGGCGGAAUCCGGGACGGAGCUCCUUGCCCGACUUGAAGGCAGAAGCUCCUUGAAAGAACUAGAACCCAACCUGUUUGCUGAUGAAGAUUCACCAGUGCAUGGUGAUGUUCUUGAAUUUCAUGGUCCAGAAGGAACGGGGAAAACAGAAAUGCUUUAUCAUUUAACAGCCCGAUGUAUACUUCCAAAGUCAGCGGGUGGACUGCAAAUAGAAGUCUUAUUUAUUGAUACAGAUUACCACUUUGACAUGCUCCGGCUUGUGACCGUUCUUGAGCAUAGACUCUCUCAGAGCUCCGAGGAGACCAUAAAGCUCUGCCUGGGCAGGCUGUUCCUGGCCUACUGCAGCAGCAGCAUGCAAUUGCUGCUCACACUGCACUCCCUGGAAGCCCUGCUCUGCAGUCAGCCCUCGCUCUGCCUUCUCAUUGUGGACAGCCUGUCAUCUUUUUACUGGGUGGACCGAGUCAGCGGCGGAGAGAGUGUGUCCCUGCAGGAGUCAACGCUGAAGAAGUGCUCUCAGCUCCUAGAGCGGCUUGUCGCUGAGUACCGCCUGCUGCUUUUUGCAACAACACAGAGUCUAAUGCAGAAAGGCUCAGACUCCACAGAAGGGCCCUCUUCCUCCAGGCACCCGUGCGAUGGAGACAUGGACCACAGAGCCUAUCUCUGCAAGGCCUGGCAGAGGGUCGUGAAGCACAGAGUCGUCUUCUCCAGAGAGGACGAGGCCAAGAGCAGCCGGUUCUCAUUAGUUUCACAUCAUUUAAAAAGUAACAGUUUAAAAAAACACAAUUUUAUGAUCAGAGAAAGUGGGGUGGAGUUUUGUUGAUUUCUAUCAUCAAAAAGGCUUUUAGGUGCACUAAGGCAAGUCUUUAAAAAUCUUUUAUAAGCUAAAGUGGUUUGAUUCUAAAGUUUUUAAUUC